AUGAUUGUGCUUUUUCUGGUGCUCGAGAUUGUGCUCAUGAUUGUGCUUUUUCUGGUGCUCCAGAUUGUGCUCACGAUUGUGCUUUUUCUGGUGCUCAAAAUUGUGCUCAUGAUUGUGCUUUUUCUGGUGCUCCAGAUUGUGCUCAUGAUUGUGCUUUUUCUGGUGCUCGAGAUUGUGCUCAUGCUUGUGCUUUUUCUGGUGUUCCAGAUUGUGCUCAUGAUUGUGCUUUUUCUGGUGCUCAAGAUUGUGCUCAUGAUUAUUGUGCUCAUGAUUGUGCUUUUUCGGGUGCUCCAGAUUGUGCUCAUGAUUGUGCUUUUUCUGGUGCUCGAGAUUGUGCUCAUGAUUGUGCUUUUUCUGGUGCUCCAGAUUGUGCUCAUGAUUGUGCUUUUUCUGGUGCUCGAGAUUGUGCUCAUGAUUGUCCUUCCGGACUGCUUCGACGUGCAGCCCGCGCUUGCCAAGCUGCGGCCUGUGCUUCUUCUGGACAGACCCGGCAGCCGCGCGCCCCACCCCAAACUACCGAGAGCGAAACAGCCCGAGUUUGCGAUUCCUGCGGGCCUAGCCUAG